GGAGCGACAUCCCCUUUUCCUCUGGUUCUUCUCGUUACGAUGAGAGAUCUUGCCGGUUGCUUUGCGAGCCAAGCCGCCAGAGUCGCGGAAGCUUCAUGCUCUGCCACCGGGAACUCGUCGUCGGUCGCGGAGCGGCCGAUUCAAAAUGCCGUCACUUGUUUCUACAGAACCGUGCUCUCCACCCACAAGGAGCUGCUCACCAGGGUGGUCUGGUCCAAGCAUCAUCAAGCCGCCGCUUCCCUCUCCGUCACGAUCCAGGACUCCACGUCGAAUGCCGUGGAAUCCCAGCUCCCGCAGAAGACGAAAGGCAGCCGGUGCUUCGUCGCCGGCGACUCGGUCAUCGGCCUCCACUGGGAUAUCUCCGCCGCCAAGUACGAGAUGGGGCCUGAGCCUGCCAAGGAUUUCUACGUCGUCAUGAUCGCCGACGCCGAGUUCGCCCUGUUGCUCGGGGACAUGUGCGGGGAGUUCAUGAAGAAGGACGAGGGCGCACUGCCGGUGGCGGAGUUCUCGGUGGUGAGCAGGAGGGAGCAGGUGCGCGGCGCCACUCUCUACUCGACCAGGGCGCAGUUCGGGGGCGACGGGAAGAAGCACGAGAUCUUGAUCCGAUGCAAAGGAGACGAGUUGGACGGGGACGACUCGGAGCUGCACGUCGCGGUGGACAAGAAGAUAUUGGUGAGCGUGAAGAGGCUGAAGUGGAACUUCCGGGGGAACCAGACGAUAUUCGUGGACGGGUCGACCAUCGACGUGAUGUGGGACGUUCAUGGCUGGUGGUUCUGCGACUCCUCCCACUGCGCGCUGUUCAUGUUCCGGACGAGGAACUCGCCGCAGCGCAGGCUGUGGUCGGAGGAAGAACUGGCGCAGGGGACGAUGUCUGGGUUCUCUCUACUGAUCCAAGCCUUCAAGAGCCAGUGAAGAAGCUGACGAGUGAUUUGGCCGAUCGCUUCUCCGUUCAUGUAAUAUG